CAACAACAAAAUGCCUUCAAGUACAGCACAGCUAAACGAUCAAAGAGAAUCAAAACCAUCAGCUGCGGCUAUACCGGAUCUGCGAGAUCGUCUGCCAAAGCUGCAACCUCGACGUCGGCCGCCCCCUCCUUCGAACCCGCUUCCAGUACCUGAGACUCCGAACCUACCUCCCCCGCCAGAUCCCUCCACACUGAGCUUUCAGAAACCAAGCAGGCGUAUCCUCUCACCACAAGACCAUGAGCUCUUUCUUGCUUCUCCAACAUAUAAGCUAGUGCUUGCCUUCGUGUUUGGCCUCACAGACUCAGUUGUAGAUACACCUGUCUCCUCAAUUUCCGACGAUGAUCUGAGGCGCCCCGUCACGGUCAUACUAGAGAUUCUUGAUAAGGUGGAAGAUGCUGUCAAACGAAGUCCGCCAGAAAGUCAGGGUGACUCCCGAUUUGGAAAUAAAGGGUUCCGCGAUUUCAUCGACUUAGUGGCGAAGGAGCAUUCGAGCUGGCACAAAACACUUGGCAUUUCCUCCGACGAAGCAAUAACUGAAGUCUCCACUUACUUCCUACAAUCAUUUGGAAAUCGCACCAGGAUAGACUAUGGCUCUGGCCACGAACUGAAUUUCAUGUUAUGGUUACUCUGUCUUUACCAACUUCAAAUCCUCACGACACCCGACUUUCGCGCCCUUGUAUUAAAGGUCUUUACUCGAUAUCUCACUCUUAUGAGACUAAUACAAUCGACAUACUACCUGGAGCCGGCUGGCUCACACGGUGUGUGGGGUCUCGACGAUUACCAAUUUCUGCCCUUCUUGUUCGGCGCGGCACAGCUCUUGCACCAUCCGUACAUACGACCCCUGUCGAUACACCAGAACCUCAUACUCGAACAGUAUGGUCAAGACUACUUGUACUUGGGCCAGGUAAACUUUGUCAAUAGCGUCAAGAACGUUGAAGGUCUACGAUGGCACAGCCCCAUGCUUGACGACAUUUCCGCAGCUAAGUCCUGGUCCAAAGUUGAAGAUGGCAUGAGACGGAUGUUCGUUGCCGAAGUCCUCAAGAAGUUACCCGUGAUGCAGCACUUCCUAUUUGGGUCUUUGAUCCCAGCAGUGGAGGGUAUGAGUACAGAAGAACAAUUCGGUGUCCGCAGUGAGGAUGAGGAGCCCGAAGGGGGGGAGAUGAUCGUCAUGAAGGACGGAAUGAAGCAUGUUCAUCAGAUGAACAGCUGGGGUGACUGUUGUGGGAUCAAGGUACCGAGUAGUGUUGCUGCCGCGCAGGAGAUGAAGAAGAGAAUGGGCGUGGAGAGCUUAAGGAGGAUACCUUUUGAUUAGACUCGAGAUCAAUAAUAGACACAUUUGUAUAUAAAAUUCGGCUUCGAACGUCGAAUAUGGGCGUUCAAAUGCCGUUCAUAAGGAAACUGGAGGCGCUUGUAACUUGGAAAUGAGUAAAUGCCUCGCGGUCAAUAUCAAUAUCUAUCUGCCUAGGGUCGCUUGUACAUAUAUACCUAUCUAUACAAGUUACAACAAAAC